UCAGUACGUUACGUGGUGUACAGAGGAGGAACCUGCGAGAAAGAGUGGAAAUGAUCGAGUGCACCGUGACAGACAUACAACUAGCGAGUAGCAAGUAGACACCUCGAGUUUAUGAUAUAUAAAUAAAGCUGAAAGCUUCUUCUCCCUCUGUCGUUGCUGAAACGCCUUUCUAUUGUCCUUCGAUAUCAAAGACCGCCAUCAAAACUCAAAAGAAAGAGAAGAGAGAGAGAGAGAGAGAGAGACGUAGGUAAACAUGACCAUCCCCAAACCAUAAGCGGCCAUGUCCAAACCCCCUGGCUUUCCCAAAACCAGGAAACAGGGCUUAAGUGGUUUACCAAAACCACCUAAGAACAACAAUGUCGCUGUCGUCGUCGUUCAUUUUGCCUUGAUUUGCCUUGACCAUAAUGUCGCUGUCCCCCGACGAACACUCUGCUUGUAGCUUAUACUGUGGCGAAGGGGAGGUAGCGUCCUGGGAUACCGACACCUGGAACCCUGAUCCCCGCACGAGCACUGGUUUACCGACCAACGACGAUGACGAUGAGGACAAUGAGCAUUUUAUUGCGAGACUCAUCAAUUUGGAGCUCGAUCACAUGCCGGAAUCCGACUAUCUCCAACGCUUUCGCGAUCGUUCGGUUGAUGUCACCGCGCGACAGGACGCCAUUAGCUGGAUGCUGAAGGUGCAUGCGUACUACUGUUUCAGACCUCUAACGGCGUACCUCGCUGUCAAUUAUCUCGAUCGUUUUCUAUCCUCUCAUACUCUGCCGCACGGGAAUGGAUGGCCUUUGCAGCUGUUAUCGGUGGCAUGUGUCUCCCUAGCAGCAAAAAUGGAGGAAACAAGCGUUCCACUCCUUUUAGACUUGCAGGUGUUGGAACCCAGAUUCAUGUUCGAGCCCAGAACAGUCCAACGAAUGGAGCUCUUAGUCAUGACCAAUCUUAAAUGGCGAAUGCGCUCCGUUACGCCUUUUGAUUUUGUAGAUUAUUUCGUCUCAAAGCUUCCUAGUUUCGUUCCCCGACACGCAUUUCUCAGUCAUGUUUCAGAUCUUAUUAUCAGCACUACUCGAGUGACAGAUUUCUUGAGCUAUUCUCCAUCGACGAUAGCUGCCGCAGCCGUGCUUAGCGCCGCCGGGAAACGCGUGGAUACUUCCGGUGAUGAUCGAGGGGUGGCAUCUUUUGAUGACAAAGUGGACAAACAAAUGCUGAGAAAUUGUUACCAACUAAUGGAGGAGUAUCUGGUGGACACGUGUCCGAUGGCUAGCCUUAAACACCGGAGAAGGGAACCCGCGCCUCCAAGUCCGAUCGGCGUGCUGGAUGCGGCUGCCUGUGCGAGUUGUGACACUCAAAGGUCUGGUGCAGACAAUCCGGAUCCCAGCCAAGCCGAGCCGCCGUAUAAGCGCCACAAGCCAUCACCGGUACCGUCGGAUGUACAGCAGUUUUAGCCUACUGAUUAGAUAAGACUCCCCUGCUGCUCCCUUCUUUUUCUAUUUAUUUCUUUUUUCAUUUUUUUUUCUGAACCGAAAAAAAAAA